AUUGCGUACUUCGUGUUUGAUUUACUGACUCACUGCAUGAAUGGGUGGAUUUGACUUGCCCUCGGGAGAAGUUGGAGCCGACAGGAUUCAUAUCCUGGGCUCGUUAGGAGAAUAUCGGAUCCUCUCUGUGCUUUUGCUGGUUUGGACUGGGGGUGGGGGCAUUGUGACGAUGGUUGGGGGCAUAAUCAGGAGUUAUGCAGGACUUCUGUCGCUGCUGAAGGAUGAGGAGGGGGGUUGUUAUCUCUGAUCCUGGGUGAUUAGAUCGUUUGAAGGAUGAAGUGGUUG